CGAAAGAUGGCUGCGUCCAUAACCACCAACAUGGCGGCCAAACGGUGCUCAAAUCUCUGUUUUUGAGCCAUAAACUUGUGUAACCAGAAGCCUAAAAGUGUUAACAACAUACACAUAUCAUGGGAGUCCCUACAGUGAAUACCCGGCAACUCGACUGUAAGCAAGGUGCGGUGCGAACGGUACGUUUCAACGUAGACGGCAACUACUGCAUGACUGGUGGCAGCGACCGGACCAUCAAGCUAUGGAAUCCCUUUCGAGGUGCCCUGCUCCUGCAGACUUUCUUGGGCCACGGCGGCGAUGUCUUUGACGUACGCGGAUCGUGCGAUAAUGCCAUGAUAGUAUCCGCAGGAUCGGACAAAACUGUCGUACUCUGGGACGUUUCGACGGGGCGCGCGACGCGAAAGAUUCGAGGGCACGCCGGCUCUGUUCAGACGGUCUGUUUCAACGAAGACUCCACAGUAGCCAUCUCGGGCUCUCAAGACAGCACCGUCCGAACGUGGGAUCUGAGAAGUCGCGCCCGCGAUCCGAUCCAAGUUCUAGAUCAAGCCCGCGACGCGGUGACGUCGGUUUGCGUGUCUGAUCACGAGAUUGUUUGCACAUCCCUCGAUGGAUGUGUGCGGAGGUACGACUUGAGACAAGGCCAGCUGGCGGUCGACACUGUGGGCAGUCCAGCGACGCGUGCGCUGAUCACGCGCGACGGCCUCUGCCUCCUGGUGGCAACCUUGGGAAAGCAGGCAUGUUUGAGACUCCUGGACAAGAGCAGUGGGGAACUGCUGCAAGAGUUUAAAGGGCAUCGUAAUGAAGAAUAUUACGUUGACUGCGCCAUGAGCGAGGACGACGCGAUCGUGUAUACCGGUUCCGAGGAUGGCAGCCUUUACUGCUGGAACUUGGUCGAAGGAAAGCUCCUGGAAAAGCUGGAGCACCCGACAAAGGGUGCAGUUCAUUCUGUGUCGCACCAUCCAAAGAGGUCAGACAUUCUGACAGCGACGGGGAAGUUGGUCUAUCUGUGGCAGCUGAAGCCACUGCCGUCAGAGACUUUAUCUGUGGAGGAGUUAAUUGGUCCUCUACCGAAAAUGGAGGAUACUUAAGUGUUCCAGCUAAUAGUGUUGCUGACUGGUAAAAACUGUCAUACCUUUCAUUGUGACAGAUUGUCAUGCAUAUGGACUUCCAGACAGGUGACUGGGUUACGUAGGCACAUGUCUGUAAGUCCAUGUGGUCCAAGUCUGAGGAAGGAAUCUGCCGGAGUGUGUUCCACAAACACUGUACAUGACACACCGCUGCUAUGAGAGACUGUGUUGUGGAGGAGCUGAUUGGCUCUCUGUCUAAAAUGUGGUCCUUGAUACGAGAGUUUUCCAGAUGAUUUCAUCGCUGACUGGCAAACAUUAUACAGAAAUAUUUCACAAAUUAUAUUUUGCGAGGAACGGAGAAAAUGAGCCACAUAUUUGUGGAUCCCUGAUAGAUUCUCAUUGCGCAGGUACUCAGAGCAGUGGUACCCCCAGCGCAGUUACUUGACAUGACAUGCAGGACAAAAUUUUUCAAAUCGCCUCCCAUCCGAGGUGCUGCAGAAGAUAAGAACCAGAUAUGCUUUCAACUUUUAUUUGACAACAAUAAUGCAACAUUCUCAACAGACAUUCAAGACCUUUGCUUUGUAUAGGAAUAUGUAUGUUCAUAUAUACUUGUACGCCAGUGUAUAUAUGUAUAUAGAUAUAUAAUAUUUGAUAGUAAUAUGAAUGUCUUACCACAAUAAAAAUAUCAACAAAUGGGAAUUGUGAAUACAAAAUAUAUUA